AUGUCCACAUCUCAGCCCCAGCCGGCCAUCACCGUGUUGUCCCUUCUCGCUCGAUCCUCUCUUCUUCAGCUGUCCCUCCAACAAAUCGGCAAUAGUUACGGGCGGCAGCAUCGCUCCCCUCCCUGCAUCCCAAUUAUCAAUUACUUCGGUAGCUGGGUGGUGCUGAUCUCCCUACCCCUCUUACGUCUACCAAGGCUCUGGCCUGUCUCCAUUCGCGGCUCCCUUCCUCUGGGUAUAGAGUACCUACACAUACCGUACGUCCACCAGAUUUCACAUCCACAUAUCCACUUCUACCUGGAAGGACUAGCGCAGUCGGCCAAUGCCAACUCCCUCCAAGGUUUCCACUUUCUAGGUACUCUUUUAGCCCCCGUCAGUCACUCGUCCCAGCCGAGUCUCAUCAGUGGUUCGAACCCCAGGCCUGGCUCCUCCGCCGCGUGCGUUGUGUUGCUUCCAAUCUACCUUACGUGGUACCCCAAAACUCAACCUCCUUCUUCCCCCGACCCCGACCUCGACCUCGACCUCGACGUCUUCGUGACCCGCCCAUCAACGAAGCUUUCCCAUGUCAAAACCAGCCAUUCGACGAACGACGAGUUUCCCGAACUCACCACCCUCCCCUUUUUCGACGCAUGCGACCGAUCUCCCCGUCACGACUUCUAUCAUAGCUUAAUCCGCCCGUCCAUCGGGUUCACUCCAUUAGCAUCGCCGGGCAAGUCCGGUUGA